GACCUAUGGUGAUUAGAGGAAAAUUGCUGCUGAGCAACUGGAGAGAGAGAAAGACACACAGAUACAUACAGAGAGAGCUCUUAUUUAACAAAGUAACAUUAGCUGGAGGUACAGUGGAGUUCCGGUCAGUCUGUACUAAAGCGGCUGAGCUCAGUAUCCUGUUUAACCCAACCGAUGCAAACUCACUACCGUGUUUCAGUAGCUAUUUAAGCGUGCUUUUUGGGCACAUCAUGCUUAGAAGUGAAUAGUAAGAAUUUGGUUAGCUAGCCGGCUAGCCUUUGGAUUGUUUCCGACAGCUUGUAAGCAAGGCUUCAAACCCAGAAAUAUUAUAAUAGCAGUAGUUUUGUUGCUCGGUCUCUGUGUUAAAAGAGAAGCAUGGUUUUGUGACUUGGUUUUUUGCAACAGAAGUAGUAGUAAUAAUAAUAAAUAAUUUUUUUGAAGCAAAAACAGCACUAAUUUGUUAGGCGUUUGGCUAGCUUGGUUGGAAGCUCCUUCGCUAGCUAGUCGACGCUUGGAAACGUUUUACCUGAACUGUACACAUCAUUAACGUCCCGUAGUUCGGUAAACACAACAUACAUAUAGAGUUCAAGUCUAAAAUUGGCCCGCAAGCGGCUGCCCGGGUCCAGCUCAAUCACCUGGACGCACUUGUGUAAGACUCGGCGUUGGUUUGGUGUAAAAGUUAGCUAAUUGUAGCAUCAGUGGAGUGAGGAGUAACUUGAGGGGGGUUUUGGCUAGAAGCAGGUACUUGGAGUGUCCAAGACAGAAGCUAUACUUUGGCCUUCUGCCUCAGUCAUGGACAAAGAUGCUCGUAUAGAGGAUCAGGAACAUGGCAAUAAAAUGAUCCACACUGUGAGGACUUCUCAGCUGACUUCUGCCUAUCGAUACACGAAGGAGGAGCUUUUGGAAAUCAAAGCGCUACCUAUUUCUAAUGAGAGACCAGAAUGCUUGUCUCAGAAAUAUGAUAGCGAUGGGGUGUGGGAUCCUGAAAAAUGGCAUGCGUCACUGUAUCCUUCAGAGUGUGACUUAGCAAUGGAGGGAUACAAGAGAGACUACGCUGAGGAUGGACCUCCCCUGAAACGUAGAAUUGCUGACCCACGAGAGCGUAUUAAAGAGGAUGACUUGGAGGUAGUUCUUAGCCCCCAGCGCCGUAGUUUUGGCGGUGGCUGCCAAGUGGCACCAGCUUCCCUGACUCGGCGUCCCAUCAGUCCCCUUGAGAACAAAGAGAACGAGUCUCUCCGUCUUGGGGGCACACGGCGCAUCGGAAGUGGUCGCAUCAUGGCAGCACGUGGGUUCGAGAGGGAUAUUCGGGUGGAUAAAGAAAGGGACCGUGAAAGAGAACGUGACCUCAAGGACAAGAGAUUCAGGAGAGACUUCGGUGACAAAAGAGUGUUUAGUGAGCGGAGAAGAAAUGACUCUUAUGCUGAAGAGGAGCCGGAAUGGUUUUCUGGUGGACCCACAAGCCAGUCAGAGACCAUUGAGCUUAUUGGCUUUGAUGAUAAAGUCUUGGAGGAUGAUAAGCGGAAAUCUAAGCGUUCAAGGAGGAGAACAGAGCCUGCAAAAGAAGUUGAGUGCAAUGGUGGUAUUUCUGAGGAGACCCAGGUAGUCCAAGAGAGAGGAACUGAUCAGGAGGUGCCUCAUCCAGACAUUCUACCUGAACCAACAGCUGGGGAGUUUGACUUCAAUGAGUUCUUUAAUCUGGAGAAGACAAUGCCUGGCCUGGCUUCGAUGAUCGAAGAUGUGCUUGGUGAAGGGCCAGUCACGGCCAGCCGGUUCAGCCGCUGGUUCAAUAGUAAUCAGAGUCCCUCUGGUAGCCGUUCCAGCAGCCUACGCUCCACCCCACAUGAAGAGCUUGAGAAACUAGCAGAUCCAUGUAGUAGUUCUCCUAGUCAGGGUCCCACACCCUAUUUCACACCAAUUCCUUCGGAGGAGAGGAGAGAAAAAGUCGACAUCUUGGAGCUGCUCCAUAAAGCCAAAAUUGACCUUAAACCCCUUCUCUCCAGCUUGAAUGCAAACAAGGCUCAUCUCAAGGAGAGCACUAACUCUGGGGUGGUGUUGUCUUUGGAGGAGGUGGAGAGCAGUUUAAAGGGGCUAAAAGUUCAGAGUGAGCAGCCUCAGUCAACCCCCAGGCAACUGCAGGCUCAGGGUAGGGGAACUCCUUUCAUGGCUGAGCACCUGGAAGAAGCUCUCACAGGAGGCACAGGGGUCAUGGCCCGUCCCCGUGAUGCUGACAUGUCUGCCUUCAACAAGCUGGUGAGCAGUAUGAAGGCAAGUGGAACCCUGCCCACGCAGCCCAAGGCCAGCACGAGCAGUCUGCAGCAGUCAGCAGAUCCUGCUAUCCUGAGCACCAUAACGGAGUCUCCAGUUCCUGCUGUACAGCAGAAGAAUAUAUUCCAGGAGUUGUUGGGUGUUCAGGGAGCUCCACGGGCAAGUUCGCCACUCUUGAGUGGGCUGUUGGCAAACCCUGAAGCUGCACCUGCUCCAGCCCCUGGCCUCUUGCACCACCGUGGUUCUUCACCCCCUCUGUUUCCACACAGAGGGCCCAUUCACGACUUCUAUACAGGCUUUGCUGGUGGCCCACAACAAAUUCUGGGUGAUCAAAUUCCUGAUAUGCAUAGAGCUGUAAGUCCUGGUGCAACCCCACAACAGUUGAGGGCGCUGUCUAUGGGAAUGGACCAGGCAGAAUUGGAUGCUGUAAUGUUCCAGCAGGAUCUGGCGUUACAUGGUCGCCAGUAUCAGCAAGGCUACAACAAACAUGGCCUUGAGAAGUCCUUUCGGCUCAGGCAGACUAGGAUUAACAGGUCCCCUGGCCCUCACCUGCCGGGCAGGCAUUCCCCAGUUACAAGCAUGCUGUCUCCAUCUUUUACUCCAACCUCAGUGAUUAAAAAAAUGUAUGAGUCAAAGGAGAAGACUAAAGAUGAGCCAGUGAAUAGGCCAGGAAGCAAAGAGGACACAAUACCUUCACAGGAAGACGGUCCUUCCCCAAGCUCCUUCCUUGAUGGUGUGGACAGUGGUGGGCCUCAAGCAGGUGGCAUAAAAGCCUGCUCCACCCCUGCAUCUGCCCAGAAUCGCCACUCGAAAGAGGCUGAGCGAGCCAGGCCUAGCUUUACCACAGGGCAUCACACUCCUGCUAUGCUGUCCCCAGGGUCCUCUUCCUCUCUCCCCAGACCCAUUUACCCAGUACCGCUUUUGUCGCAUGUCCCCUUGGUUAGGCCUCCACCACCACAAUUGCAUCCUGGUGUGGUACAGCGGAUGAUCGCCCAAGGCAUCCAACCGCAGCAGCUAGGACCCGCACUCUUACAAACAGGACUUUUCCCCCAGACUGUGGAUCUGUCCCAGCUGCAGGGUCUGCCUCCUGCUCUCUUAGGCCAGACUCUGUAUCCACUGGGCACUACAGGACACCCACUUAUUCCCCCGAGAGCUGCUGGACCACACAUGCAGUUAGCGGUCAUGCAACAACAGUUCCAACAGCAGCAGAGACCUAAUAUACACACGAUGCCCACUGGAACUUUGCAGUCACAGAGCCACAGCACACAUCGGACAACCCACUCUCAAAGGCGAGCAGGGAGUCCACCUCUAGGCCUGGCCAAGUGGUUUGGCUCGGAUGUGCUACAGCAACCGCUCCCUUCCAUGCCUUCUACUAAAGUAAUCAGUGUUGAUGAACUGGAGUUCCGCCAGUGAUAUGAUCCUGCAGCCAGUCAGAGUACAGCAAGACCUCUUCCUCAUGGCCCUAUUUAGUUUAAAAAAAUAAAUAAAAAAAAUGUGAACUUUAAUUUCUAUGAAGAUGUACAGGUGAUGGAGCCCUGUGUUUUAUAUGAUUAAAUCUUAGUUGUUGAUAGGCCUAGAAGUUAAGAGUCUUGGACUUUUUUUUUUUUUUUUUCCUUCCCCCCUCCCCUGUUGAAAUUGUCCUAUCAGCUUAUUUAGGGAUUUGAUUUUCUUUUUGUACUUUUUGUUUGUUUAUUUUGCAGUAAAGUAAAUAAUGUAUAGGUCAGAAUUGUACAGACUAUGGGAUUCCCCCGUCCCCCUCUCCCUGUACAUAGCUUUCUUUUUUUUCCUGUGUGGAAGGUUUCAAAGUAAAGAAUAGGGCCACUGGGAGUUUCCCCUUGACUUUUUUUUUCUUUUCUUUCCCCCCCACAAUUGGUAGGGUUCUACGUUUUGCAGCCUUGGAUUUGGUCAGAGUGGAAAAUGGGCUGUGCUGCUGAUGACUGGUUUGUAAAACCAAGAUGCCCACAAGUAUGAACAAUACUUUCCUGACCAGUACACAAUUUCUUGUGGACAAGAGUAGCUGGAACCUGCUGGAGCUGAGCCCAAGUGGGGCUACAGUAUGUAUGUGCCUUUCCCAUCACCCCCCCCCCCCCCCCCCCCCACGCUUUUUCUUUUUUAACCCCCCCCCCCCCCCCCCCCAAAAAAAAGCCUUCUCCCCAACCUUCACUUCCUCCCCUAGCCAGUCACUAAGAGAAGCACUGCGUUGAAUCACGUUUUGUUUUAGGGUGGCAGGGGUUUCAAGAAAUUGUGCUACUAAUUAAACAAGCACAAUAAAAUGUUCAAUAAAAAUUCACUUGUGUUUUUGUUAA